CUUCAUUGAGGGAAAGCUGCACGGCAUUCUGUGUAGUUACAUGUAGCUACAAUAGCUUGUCUUCAGUUCUGAAUUAGUGACCUAGAUUUUCUCCAGAGAUGCGGUUAAAUGUUACGGGCGGGUGCAAAGAAGAAUUUCCGUGCUCCAUGCUGAAAAUAGACGACAAGUCCUGGAGCUAACUCGCUGUAUACGGGGGCGUGCAGCCUACAGCACAACUUCUGCAAGGACUUUGUUCAGAGUUUAAAUUCACGCUAAAAUAGCCAAAAUGGAGAUUUACGAAGGAGCCGCGGCAGCAGGCGACGGCGUUCUUGAUUUUUCACGUUUGAGUUUAAGCACUUUUAGCGCUGACAGUAUCAGUGACGAGAGGAAGAGGGAAGCCAAGCAGCUUUACCUGAACUACAACCGGCUAGGCUCGCUCCCCUCGUCGGUCAGCGUUUUCUGCAACCUCGAGUUUUUGGACAUCAGCAACAACGGACUGUCGACCAUCUGUGAGGGCAUUACCCGGCUGGCCAGGCUGAAAACACUGAUAGCCAAGAACAACCGCCUGGACGAGUUUUCGCUGCCCAAGGAGUUCGGCUCUCUGCAGCUGGAGGCGCUGAACUUCAGUGGGAACCGAUUUGAGGAGAUCCCUCUUCAGUGUACGAAACUGCGGCGUCUGCAAUCGCUUUCACUCGGCGGAAACAGACUGAAAAGCAUACCCGCAGAGAUAGAAAAUCUAACCAGUCUGGAGCUGUUGUAUCUGGGUGGAAACCUCAUCUCAGCCAUUCCUCCUGAAGUGGCUAACCUGCCCUACCUCAGCUACCUGGUCCUAUGUGACAACCGCAUCCAAAGUGUCCCCCCUCAACUCACCAGGCUCCACUCGCUGCGAUCCUUAAGUCUCCACAACAACUUGCUUACUUACCUGCCAAGGGAGAUCCUCUGCCUGGUGCACCUGCAGGAGCUCAGCCUCCGAGGCAACCCACUGGUGGUGCGCUUUGUGAAGGAGAUGACCUACGACCCUCCUUCGCUGUUAGAGCUGGCAGGACGUACGAUUAAGAGCAGAAAUAUUCCCUACUCUCCCUGUGACCUGCCCUCAAAUUUGCUGCGGUACUUGGACCUGGCCAGCAAGUGCCCCAACCCCAAGUGUGCUGGCGUCUACUUUGAUUCAUGUGUGCGCCAGAUCAAAUUUGUGGACUUCUGUGGGAAGUACCGGCUGCCCCUCAUGCAUUACCUGUGCUCUCCAGAGUGCACCUCUCCCUGCAGCUCCAACCCUCAGAGCGAUGCAGAGUCGGAAGACGAGAGCAGCGUUCCCGCCGACCGCCUGCAGAGGGUGCUUCUGGGAUAGUAGGACAUGGAGGAACAUGGCCAAGCCCAACCAUGUCAGUCCAUCACUGAGUUCAGCAUUUAUACAGACACGAACUUGGCUGUCAGACUUAUCUAUUCAAAAAUUCAUGCGCUUGUACAUUAUGGCACACACGCAUACAUAGUGUUUUACAUAUGGCCACUUAAACACACAGAAUGUGAGAGAGUGGCCCUUACUACUCUGCCCUUGAAAACAUCAUAACUCUAUGGAUUUUUUUUUUUUGGGAGAGAAAUCUGUUCCCUCUCUUUUCACAUGUCACUCAACAUAACAUGAGGAAAGGAAUUAUUUCCCAUGAAGCUGUGUAAAAUCCACAGUCUGUCUGUCAUGACUCCAUCAAAGUGCUGGUCUCAUGGUGGAGCAUAGGAGGGCAGUAAAACUCUUGUUUGAACUGUGAACACUGAAGAAGUGGCAGGAUUCUUUUCUUUUCCAGGGAAACAUUCUUUAUCUUUAAUAGAAUACAUAUGGUGCUUUUUUUUGUAACUUUACACAUUAUUCUGUAUUUUCUGAAAGUUUGGAUAUGAACAUAAGUGGUUUUUGUUCAGCUUCUGGAAGCAGACCUCAAACUUUCAUUUGUAGUUCUUUGACCAAGUUAGCAUCAAAGCUACUAUGCUAAGAAAUUUUAAAAAAAAGUCUGUGAUUUUUUUUUCAGGUGUGUCAACAGAAACAAUAACACUAGUUUUACAAUACAGUACUCUAAAUUGAAUGAGUACAAUGUGUGAGAUGACCUUAUUUACAGUGUGUGCUGUAUUUAGGCUGUGCCACACCAUUUUAAAAGAUCAGGGUUUGUCCGUUUUUGUCAGCACCAUGGUCAUUGCACACCAGCCUUGAAAAUUUUUUGCCAUGAUGGCAUAGAUGUUAAUGAGCCCAGAAUAAGGGUUAUGUGUGUAUGUGGAAGAAUGCCUGUCCAGGCUUACUCACAGGAAGUGGAUGUGGGGUGGACCAGGGAAAACCAUUCACUGUGUUAGCACAAAAACAAUAGCUAUUGAGCAAAACACAGUGGCAGCCUUCAUGUUUAUGUUCAGGCCUGUCGGUUUUUACUGGGUGUAAACAUAUGGAUGUGAGUGAAUGGAGCCUACAGCCAGAGAUAGUUAUUUUUGAGGCAGAAACUCGUCCUCAUUUCUAAACAGAGAUGAUGGCAUUUCUGUUCCUGGUUACAUCACUGCUUUGUCUUUCAGCUUGUGUGGAAGGCUGGGAGGUUUUACUGCCUCCUAGACAGUUUGUGUCCAUUAGUGAGAAGGGAAAACUUUUUUCACAUUAGACCUUUAGUGUUUAGAAAACGGAGGAACACUCCUCUAUGUUACAGUAGCAUCUAUACACAAGCAUUUAAGUGCCUUACUAAUGAUGACUUCUAACAGUGAAACAGACUAAAGAAAUGUGAUCUAUGCACCCUGAAAUGUGACAAGAUUAACAUUCUGGAUUAUAAAGUCCUUUAUAAGAUGAUGUACUCAUCAGCUUGACCAUAAUAAAGAGAAAAGGUAACCUUUUAUAAAGUAAUACACUGCUUUUCUACACAUCCCUUUUCAAAUGAUAAACACAUAUUUAAAUGACCUGCAGAAUAGAUGGCACUUAAACAGAAAAUAUGUUGACAUAUAUUAAUUAUAUGUACUUUUACUAUAUUCAGAUGAUGUAUGUAGAUUGUACAGUAUAUAUAACACGAAUAAAGACUGA